AUGCAGGCUCUCUCAAGUUUUGUUCCAAGUGACCCGUUUCACCAACUUACGAUUACGCUGUGCCUCGUUGGUGUUUUCCUUACGGUGGUGUUUGCUCUUGCUUUCAGGCCGAAGAGCAAAGAUCAGGCGCCUAGCACGUUCGAAGCAUACCUCAAGUUCAUCUAUGGGUGUUUCUUGAAGCCUCAUACUGGAGACGGAUCUGGAAGUCAGCAAGAUGCUUUGGAGAGCUUCUACAAAGCUCAAGCCGACGUCUACGAUGCCACCCGGCUCAAGCUUCUUCGAGGCCGUGAGGAUGUGUUGGGACUGGUCGCUGCGCAGCUGAAGCACCGUACCGAAGCGGGCCUAAUCUCGCAACGACCAGUUUGGGUUGAUAUUGGCGGAGGAACUGGUCACAAUGUUGAACAAAUGAAUGCCUUCGUUCCUGUUGCGAGCUUCUUUCGUGCCGUCUAUGUCGUCGACCUCUCCCCCUCCCUCUGCGAUAUGGCCCGGAAAAGGUUCGCCCGUCUCGGCUGGACAAACGUCAAGGUUAUCUGCCAGGAUGCGCGCGCCUUCCGUCUCCACGAACACGAACCACAAGCGUACGAACGCAAGGAAAUGAUCUCCAAAGAGCAAACUGUUCGCGACCUCGACGAGAACGCGGAUGCUGGUGGUGCUGAGCUUGUCACUAUGAGCUAUGCUCUCAGCAUGAUCCCCGAAUUCUACCCCGUCAUCGACUCGAUCGAUAGCUUGAUGAGCCCUAAUGGUGUCAUCGGUGUCGUGGACUUUUACGUACAGAACCAGGUCGACUUCAUGGGCAGAAACUACAUGGGUGGUGCUAUUGAUCGUCACUGCAUGUGGAUUUCACGUGUAUUCUGGCGGACAUGGUUCGAGAUUGACCGUGUCAAUCUUGAGCCUGCACGACGAGACUACCUGGAGUACCGCUUUGGUACAGUCCUUAGUAUCAACGCUCGCAAUAACUUCUUCGGAACCGGUAUCAAGCUCCCCUACUUCAUCUGGCUUGGCUGCUCAAAAGAUCAUGGCGCGUCUACGCAGAAGCUCGCUGAGAUUGAUGCCGCUGCUACUGAAUCGCCUUACCUCACGGCUCUUGAUCUCCAAACAGGAGCUACGCAGACUGACGUCGAAGUUCACUCAAAGGCCUACGAGUCCGCUGUGGUGAACCUACAAUCCAGCCUCCCACUCCCGGCAACAUGGUACCAGAACCACCACUGGCGCAUCCACUACGACUCUUCUCUGCCCAAACACACCCGAUUCAACGACUCGUACAUCUACGCAUUCACAUGGGAAGACGACGUAGCAGAUAUGCGCCUCCUCAAACCCACCUCCAACGACGUCGUCCUAGCAAUCGGAUCAGCCGGCGACAACAUCCUCGCCUUCUGUCUCGAGAACUGCCGCCGCGUCCACGCCGUCGACCUCAACCCAUCGCAAAACCACCUCCUCGAGCUCAAAGUCGCCGCCUUCACCGCGCUCCCCUACCAAGACGUCUGGAAGCUCUUCGGCGAAGGCAAGCACCCCGACUUCCACAACCUCCUAAUCCAAAAGCUCAGCCCGCACCUCUCAUCCGAAGCCUUCCAAUUCUGGCUGCACAACGGGCCUUCGGUAUUCUCCUCUUCCUCGUCAAAAGGCCUCUACUACUCCGGCGGCUCCGGCAACGCCCUCUCCAUCGCAGGCUGGCUCUUCCACCUCCUAGGCAUGACCUCGGACGUCCAGAAACUCUGCACAGCAUCCACCCUGAACGAACAACGAGAAAUCUGGCAACGCUCCAUCAAGACCGUGCUGCACUCCAAGAUCCUCACCUGGGCCAUCCUCGGCAACGAGAAAUGGCUUUGGAAAGCGCUCGGCGUGCCCCCCGCCCAACGCGCCGUCAUCGAAGCCGAUUUCAAGAAAACCGACGACUUUGACGAGACGAAGACAGCUUCGGUGCCCAAGUCAGAUGCAGCAGCAGACUACAUGGCGUUCCACGAAGAACCCUCUGACGAUGCGCUCAAAUCGAGUUCUGGAAACGCGAUUUACGAAUACGUACUCAACACCUUUGAACCCGUCAUCAACACCACCUUGCUCUCUACAUCAAACCACUACUACCUCCUCACCCUCCUAGGCCACUACACACCAACAUCCCACCCCACAUAUCUCUCCCCGAAAUCGCACAUCAAACUCAGUAAACCCAACGCGUUCAACGGCCUCCGCAUCCACACGGAUGAGAUCUCCGAAGUCAUUGCUAGAAUGCGACCUGGUACGCUCACCAUCGUCGUGGUGAUGGAUAGCAUGGAUUGGUUCCCACCGAGCGGCCAACAAGCACUCAAACAGAUCCGGGCGCUGAACCGCGCGUUGAAAGUCAAAGGACGGGUUAUGCUCAGGUCUGCGGGGUUGGAGCCGUGGUAUAUCAAGGUGUUUGGCGAGUGUGGGUUCGCGGUUAAGAGGGUGGCUGUGAGGGUGCCGGGGAGCUGUAUUGAUCGGGUUAAUAUGUAUGCAUCUACGUGGAUUUGCACAAAGGAGGUGGGGAUUGAGCGCGAGGAUGUCAAGGUGGGGUUGCGGAAGACGAGUUUGGCGGAGUUGAAGCUUGAGGCUCCUGCUUUGCGUAUGGAGUAA